CAAACAAAUGAUGGUCAUUAAACAGAAACUGAACCGUUCAUAUUAGUCAGUGGACUGCCAGGUGUCGAUCACAAGUAGCAUUUAGAGCUGUUAGUGUUAAAAUAAUCUUUAACUGUUAAACCAAAACUUCCUGUUUCCUAAAUGCAACUGUGUGUUCAUCACCAGACUCGGCUUAUUUUCUGUCUACACAUUGCUUAGCUUGCACCAGGACAUUACAUAGACAUUUCUACCAUGGUGAUAAAAUUAAACCCCUGGCUCAUUAUGACACUGAAGAUCACACUAACCCUGUGUCAAAUGGACACGGCGAGUUUGAAGACUCAACCCUGCGAUAUACAUGAGAAUGUAACUACAAUGACAGUUGUGGUCAACUGCCGUGGACGUGGACUCAGAAAGGUGCCAAUGCUCUUACCGAACACAACCUGCCUUGAUCUCUCCGAGAACAAGAUCAAGAACAUAACAGCAGGAGAUUUCCGAGACCUGGCGAAUCUGACCAAUCUAAAUCUGAACUGGUUAAAUAAGAAUGAGAAGGUCCUUAUUGGAGUUGGGGUGUUUUCCAAUAUGACCAUGCUACGUACACUGGAGCUCAACGGGAUUGGUCUGAAGGAUGUUCCAAAAGAUAUUCCAAAGAAUCUGCGAGAACUAAAGCUGGUUGAGAACAAGAUCACCCGGUUAAACUCAACAUCAUUCAGGCAUGUGCAAAAUCUUUCAGUCAUUUACCUUUCAAAAAACUGCUACUACUGGAAUCCUUGCUCAAGUUAUUAUCAUAUAGAAGAAGGAAGUUUUUCUGUCCUUACCAAGUUGAAACAUCUUACGUUGUCUUACAACAACAUAACUCAUGUCCCUAAAGGCUUACCUGCCUCACUAAGAACUCUUGAGCUUGCUUCAAACAGAAUAUCGUACGUCGGAGAGCACGAUUUCCAAGGACUCGACAAUCUGACAAGUCUAAAGAUACAAGGGAAUUGUCCACGGUGUCAUAAUGCUCCAUAUCCGUGCACUCCAUGUAAAAAUGUUUCCAUUGAAAUUCAUCCACGAGCCUUUGCCGGCCUUGAAAAGCUGCGUAUUCUGCACCUUGCGGGGAAUUCAAUACAGAAAAUCGAUCCUACUUGGUUCGCAAACAUCUCAAAGCUCGAGGAACUCUACCUAUCGUUUAAUUUCUUGUUCAGUGCUGUUGCCGAGAACGUUUUCCUGAAUAAUCUACCACUGCUGACAAAACUCGAUCUCUCGUUUAACUAUGCCCUCAAGUGUUACCCAGACACAGUGAAAUUAUCGCCCAGCUUUGCGAACUUGACCUCUCUGAGGACUCUGCACCUUCGAGGUUUGGUUUUUCGAGAAAUCCACGAAGAGACCUUCAGCUCUCUGUUUGGUUUACGAAAUCUGUCGGUGUUGGAUGUAGGAAUAAACUUCAUUGUCCGUGCAAAAGCGGAUGUAUUUGAAAAGUUUCAACAUGUGAAACUAAUCUAUCUUUCAGAAAACAGAUUUUACCCGGUGAUUGUAAAUGGAGAGUUGCGUAAAGGCGUGGGCAUUGGUUUAAAAUCUAUGAUGCCAUCAAUGUCAGAACCUUUUCCUAAAGAUCAUUCUUUUGACGUUCCGAAAGAUCUCGUGAAACCAGAGUGCUAUGCUGCCGGACGUGUGAUGGAUCUCAGCCGAAAUAACCUGUUCUUAAUCUCUCCUGAACAGUUUGAAACAUACGGGAAAAUAUCUUGCCUCAAUCUCUCAAGAAAUGGCUUUGCCACGGCUCCCAAUGGAUCUGAAUUCACAUCGCUCCCAGACCUCAAAUAUCUGGACUUGUCCUUUAACAAAAUUGAUCUGGCAUACGAUUACGCCUUCCGAGAGUUACAGAGUCUUGAGGUGCUAGAUCUUAGUUACAACCCUCAUUACUUCACUGUACAAGGCGUGACGCACAAUUUGAACUUUCUCAAAAAUUUGCCCGCCUUAAAAGUGUUAAAUAUGAGCUACAACAGCAUCUAUACGUUAACCACCAAAACCAUGUCAAGCAAGUCUCUUCAAGAGCUGCAAUUCCAGCACAAUAGUCUCGGGAAGAUGUGGAGGGUGAAAGACAGCACCUACGAUAGGCUAUUCGAAGACUUGACCAAUCUGACCUAUCUUGACAUAUCCUAUAACUACAUCGAGAAGAUCCCUCCUAAAAUUUAUAAAUAUCUUCCCCGAUGCAUUCAAAGGUUGCAAAUAAGCCACAAUCACCUGACAAAUGUUAGUUGGGAAAGCUUGAGACAAUUCCCUAAUCUCCGAGAGCUCAUUUUAAAUAACAACAACAUCCUUAAAAUAUCUGGUAACUUGUCAGUUGAUGUUCCUUCUUUAGAGUUCCUUGAUCUGCGGAACAACCUUAUAUACGAGCUCUCCAGUGGAUUCCUCCUGGGAGCGGUAAACCUAAAGAAUCUUGAUCUCAGUCACAACCAACUCAUAACCAUCAACCAGUCCACGUUUCCAUCUGAAACCGAGAGAUACCUGAAGACGUUGUCGCUCAACGGAAACCCUUUCCACUGCACAUGCAACCUGCUUGAAUUCAUUCUGUGGAUUCGCAAGACUAACGUGAAGAUCCCCAGAUUGGUGACUGCAGUGACGUGUACCAUGCCAGAAGAGAGGAAAGGUUUAGCAGUGGUGCAUUUUGACAUUAAAGAAUGCAUUGAUGACCAGUUGGCCUUUCUGGCGUACUUCUUCUCAAUUGUUUGCAUCAUAUGCACUACAUUUGUGGCUGUCUCAAUGCACCUUUUCUACUGGGACGUUUCCUACUUAUUCUACUAUUUGAAAGCCAGAUUCACUGGGUAUAAGCACCUGAGCUCUGACAGCUGCCUCUAUGAUGCCUUCAUCACCUACGACACCAAGGACACGCAGGUGUCUGACUGGGUGCUCAAUCACCUGCGAGUGCAGCUGGAGGAACAAGGCGAGCGAUUCCUUCCCAUCUGUCUGGAGGAAAGGGAUUGGAUUCCCGGUUCUGCCGUUCUGGACAGUCUCACGCAGAGCAUCCAACACAGCCGCAAAACCGUCUUCGUCCUGACCGAGGGCUACGUGAACAGCGGCUCCUUUAAGCUGGCCGUGUUCCUGGCGCACCAGAGGCUCCUGGAGGAUAACGAGGAUGUGAUCGUGCUACUGCUGCUGGAGCCCGUGUUACAGCACUCACACUUUCUGCGGCUGCGCAGGCGUCUCUGCGGGCGCAGUAUCCUCGAGUGGCCGCAUUCACCGUCCGCCGAGGCCUGGUUCUGGCAGUCGCUGCGCAACGCCAUCCGUGUGGACAACCAGGCCAUGUACAGCGAGCUCUACAGCAGAUAUUUCACCACUAAGUAGAAGAAACGAAGCAUAAACCUGGUUUGAACUACAGAAACUAAAAUCAAAUUAUGUUAGAU